AUGCUCUUCAUCUUUCGAUCAUACAGCUCUUCUGAAGUGCUGAGGUACGGGUCUGGUUCUCCGCCAGUAGGCAUAGAUCAAAUCCUGAGGAAUAGCAAAGUGAGAUUUGCGAAAAUAAAAUCUCGUCGCAGCGAUGAAAGCUUUCAAGGCGAUUCCGCUGGGUCCUUUCUCGGCGGUUCAAGUUCCAUUGAGAUCCCCAAUGACGAGUCUUCAAAAUCUGAUAUUGUACUGAAGAGAGACGGUACAGGUCCAACUGUUGUGGGAUAUGUAAACGAUUUUAGAAACGAGAGGCAGCGCCCUCUAGCAAGAGCACUAGUUGAACAAAAAGUUGACGCUAUCGAAAAAGUAGUGACUGCAGCGGCUCAGACCGCAGUCAAACGGUGCUCGAUCUCCAAGAAUGGCAAAAAGCAUACUGAAACCCAUUGUUCCGACCUAAAUACCACACUAUUUGCAUACAAUUCGGCAUGGUUCCCUCGAAUAUUGUGCGGACAAGAAGUGAUGUCAGGCGAUGUGAUAGAAGUCCCUGUUGGGUGCGAAGACUACGAAGUUGGAUUAAGUACUGUUCCAAAGCCACCAGUUUCUGGAGAUGGUAUGGACCCGAUCGUGAUUAAAUCUAGUCUGGAGGAUAUUUUUGAACCGGAGAGUCUAGAAUCAGUUCAUUGUGAUGUCCCAUGCAAGCAGCAAAAGGAUAUGCAAGGAUUACGGCGGUUCGUUGCAGGAGAGCAAUGGACUAUUACAUUCACUGACGCCGAUGCGUUCUCUAAUGGCAAUGCGAGACUAGAAAGGCUAGAACACCGAGAGGACCAUUUCUAUUCAACGCAGUCUUUCAAAUCAUCUGUCCCACAUACAUUCUUCAAUUGGUCACAGUAUAGCCACCUAAACACAAAUUCGAUCGACUGGCUUUCAGCAAGAAAUAAGGCAGUUUACCUCGUUGAUCGAAGCUGUUCGACUCCUGGCAGCAGACGUCAUAAGUACUUCAGUGCAAUGUCAGCAGUGGUUCCAGUUGACUCCUAUGGCUUGUGUGGUCACAACAUAGAAGUCCCUCACGAAAUAUCCAUUGGGACCUCUGAAGGCCGUGUAGAAAUCAUGAAGAAAUACCGCGUUGUUUUGGCGUUCGACCCCAGCACAGAAAAGGAUCACAUAUCACCUAUGAUAUGGGAUGCCAUUGCGUCUGGAUCUGUUCCUGUGGUCGUAGGUGCGGAGAAUAUGCGUAGCCAUUUGCCAGAGGGAUCCUUUGUGUGGUCCGGUGAUUUUUCUAAUUGGGAUGAAUUGGCGAACCAUGUAAAGGAACUACUGGAUAACAAGAGUAUGUGGGAAUCAUAUCACACAUGGAGAAGCGACGAACGCGUCAUGUCUCGGUUUAGUGUCAGGUAUGAAUUCGCUAGAACAUCGGCGAUAUGCAGGUUGUGUCGCUGGUCAUAUGCAAAGAAAUAUGGAUUAGGCUGGAAUGAUGAACGGCAAGAAGUUUCCGAGCCAAGUUUUAGAAGACGAUUGUGUGUAUCCGGAACCAAUAAGAUCAUUUCAACACCAUUUCAGGAGGCAUGGUUCUCAAAGAAUGACCAAAUCCAGGACUCGCACGAACCGAUUCAAGAAGGUCCUGACACCUGUGGUUCUACGAAAGUCGAUUUUGUGCUCAAGUCAAAAGGUCUCAGAGUUGACAGAAAGGUCUCUAUGCAUGACAGUGUCGUUGACAUUACGCUGAAGGAGAUAUUUCAGGAUGCGAGCAGUGCGGCAGUCGUCUUGAGAUUAACUUUCCCAGGAAUCGAAAAUAUUGCUGGGGCUCACUUCAAACAUACACAUAGGUUGGUGCCAACGUCGAGAACUCAUCAGGUUUCUUCGGCAUCAAUGCAAGAUGGAAAUAAAAAAGUCACAGUGAUGUUAGAUUGGGUUUCAAAUAUAACGAGUCCUUCGAAGAGCACAUUGGAAGUGGUUGUGAUGGAGGAUAGUGAAAUAUGGAAGGAAGGCGACGUGAAACGUGUUCGCAUAGUGCUGGAAGAUUUCGAUGCAAAAAAUGAGAAGGAAUCUGAAUUUUUCCCCUCUGCAUUCUGCAAGAAGAUGAUAAAGGACUUCUCGGACCCUCUUCACAUAUUUUUCGCUGCUUCAUAG